AUGUCGAACAACGAUAAUGCAAUGGCCAGGUUCCUGUUCGCUAUCUUGCAGCAGAAGAACUUGAAAGACAUCGACUGGAACCAAGUUGCCCGAAAUCCAAUACUUGCCCAAGAGAUCACGAAUGGCCACGCCGCACGAAUGAGAUACUCCAGGUUUCGCUCAGCAAUGUUAGGACUUGAGCCUCAGCGACGCAACAAAACCUCGAAAGAAAAGUCUAACCGAGUCACCAAGUCGAAGAAGGAGUCCAAAGACACGAAGUCGAAGAAGGACGACCAGGUCAAAGCCGAAUCAGCCACUUCUCCCGCGGCAGGUACAGACAGAACCUCUCCCGCGCCUCGGAUCAAGCAAGAAACUAUUCCGUCUGCCUACGACAACCGCCUUACACCCGCAACGAUGUCUGCAACCCCAACUCCGACCACCCAGCAUGUCAUUCAGCCUCGGCUCCUCACCCCAUGCAGCGACACUGAUAUGUAUCCGACUGCCCAAGCGCUGACAUCCAGCCCAGCGAGCGAGAUGAUCAAUUCUCAGUCUGCAUUUGACUUCAGCAAUCCUCACUGUAGUCACGACCCCACCCAGUGGCAGCAAAGCCCGAUGUUCUCAGCUUUCGAUCCCAAUUAUGCAUUUGACGGUCUAGGCAUGGGCUAUGACCAUCAGAGUCUUCACCAUCACGGAGACUACUCAGCUAUCCCACACCCUAUGGCAGACGUCGAAGGCGAAGGCAUCAAUGUCAAACAUGAGCAUUGGGACAAUCACUGUGUCUGA